AUGUAUCUGAACAGCUACCUUCUCUUUCUCGCAGCCGCGGCAGGCAUCAACAUCGCGAAAGCGGACUUCAUGGUCUACACAGAACUGCCAAUCCCAACAUCAGCAAUACCCUCGUUCGCAAAUUCAGUAGAUGCAGCAGCCUGGACAACCUCCGUCGCUCUGAACGCUCGCGUCGCCUUCCGCUCUUUUACCGCCGCGCUCGGCGAGCCUUACCAAUCAUCGUCCUCAUCCGCCGCCUCCGAGAUCGCAGCGUUUGUCUCUACAGCCUCCAACUAUAGCAUCCCAGCUACCGUCACUGAAAGUGGGACAGCUACUUUCUAUGGAGUGCCAACAUGGUAUUCGGCACUGCCAUCAGGCGCAAGGGCGUUCAAGGAACAACAGGUCGAGGAUCAAUUUAGUAUUGUCAGGCAGGUCAUUGCGGCAAGGCAGACGACGAGUAGUUCUUCGGGAGGCGCGAGUAUUCCGACGGCAGCACCCUUUCUAGACAAGAAGUUCGGGGCGCUGGCCGCUGCUGCGGCUGCAGUGUUUUUGUAA